CCAGCAAGGCCCUAUACUGCUGACGGGGCUGGUAGGGCCAAAAAAAGAUCCUAGCGAGGACCAUAGGAGUGCAGGGGGUUCUAGGAGAGCAGCGAGCAGCAAGAGGAAGCGAGUGGGGUGGGUUGUUUGCACAGCAAUCAGCUGCUAUAAUGGCCAUCAAAGUAAUGGACCUGAUCUACUGGCGGGAUGUGGGGAAGACAGGGCUGGUGGUCACAGGGCUGGUGAUAGGCCUGGCUAGCCUGUUCCAGCUCAGUUCCGUCACCAUGCUGUCCUACCUGUGUAUCUCCAUCAUGUGUCUCACCUUCCCCCUACGCCUCUACUACAAACUCCUAGAGCUGAUACGGAAGAUCCCUGAAGGAGUGCACCCCUUUCAGUCUUAUAUAGGAGACGACAGCUCUCUGACAGAUGAGGAGACUGUGUUGGUGGUGGAGGAGGUCGUGCUAAUGAUGGCCUUCGCCAUCACAGAGAUCAAACGCCUGCUCUUCAUCGACAGCAUCAUGAACUCCAUCAAGUUUGUGGUGCUGCUGUACGUGUUGACCUAUAUGGGCAUCACGACCAAUGGUCUGACCCUGGUGAUAGUUGGUGUCAUCUGUGUUUUCUCUCUUCCUCUGUUCUACAAACAAAUGCAGGGGCGAAUGAAAAGGAUUAGCAAAGCGGUCAGAGGCCUCCUGAGGAAAAUCAAAAACUUGUUUAAGAUGUUGUACAGUAAACUGAGACCCUCUCCUGCGACUACAUCUGCCACAACCCCCACUCCCACCCCGGCCCCAAAACACAAACUCAAGUCAAAGUGAUGAGACAGAGAGAGGGGGAUCUAUGGGAAAAGAGGGGGGUCACUCAUACUUCUUAUCUUAUCAUGCCACCUGGGAUCAGGGGCUAGGCAACUCUGACAAGGGGAGUUGGGGUAC